AUGGCAGGUAGCGACAUGGACAGCGAGGGGCCGGCACGGAGAGGCGGCGCGGCACGGAGUCCGAGGGCCCCGGGAGGGCCAGGAAGCGAGGCGGCCGCGGGCUGCCCCGAGUCGCUGUCCACCGCUGAAGCGCCGGCCGAGGCUGCCACGCUGCCCGCCUGGAUGCGCCUCUACUUCUACGGGAUGCACGGGGUCACCCUGGACGUGCUCCUGUCUUCGGUUCGGCGCUUCGCUCGCAGCCCCGACCUCCGGAUGCUGGGCUUCUCCUCGCCCUACCGCUGCCUCCUGCACGCGCUCACCCACUUCGCCCUGGAGAAGGUCUACCUGCAGCAGCGGCGCUGUCCCAGCGCCUUCGUCUUCAAUUUCCUCCUCUACCCCUCGGCUCACGUGGGGCUGCAGACCCUGACAGGCCCGGCGCUGCUGCGCAGCCUGGGCGGCGGAGCGGGGGGCGCCGCGGCGCCGGGGGCGCUGGACCUGGCGCUGCAGUACGUGCUGGCGCUCUACCACUGCCAAGUGUUCCUGAAGCGCUUCCUGCGCUUGCGGUACCCGCGGCAGCGGCAGCAACAGCGGAGGGGCGCGCUCCCCACCCCUCCGGGGGCCCGGGCCGCUGCGGCGGCCAGUGCCCGGCGGCGACGACCCCGGGGCGCCAGGGGCGCCGGGGGAGCCCCCAGCCAGGGGCUGCCGGACCUGCUCCGCUUUCUUUUCUUCGGGAUGCACGGCUUUCUGGAUGAGAUCUUCUUCACCUUCUUCUUUAACGUGCUGGGGCAAGGGGACGGAGCAACCAGUGGCCACACAUCGCUCUGGUCCUUCCUUAUGUAUGGCAGCUGCAGUUUCGUGGUGGAAAAGCUCUACUUCCACCUC